GGUUUGGGGCGGAGCAUGGCGGCGCCCCGGAAGCAGUUGCCUCCAGACCCGGGAAUCGGCGGCGGGGUGAUGGCUGCAGCGGCGCGGUGGCUGGGGCGGCUGCUGCGCGCGGCGGGUGUCGGGCGGGCCCCGGCCGGCGCGGUCAGGAGGAGCGUCCUUGGGGUUCCCCCGCGCGCAGGAUUGGCCUGGAGGCCGAGCAGGUGCAGCAGUUCAGCAGCAGAAGCACCUGCCCCAAAAGCGGAAGACGACUCCUUUCUCCAGUGGUUCCUGCUUCUCAUUCCUGUGACUGCCUUUGGCCUGGGGACAUGGCAGGUCCAGCGUCGGAAGUGGAAACUGAAGCUGAUUGCGGAGCUGGAGUCUCGAGUUAUGGCCGAGCCUGUCCCUCUGCCAGCAGAGGCUGUGUACCUGAGGGACCCCCCGUUGAUAACCUCCUUCAAAACCCCUUCCCCACCUGAAGUGGCAUGCUUUCAUUAUUCUAGCAUCACCAUCCUGGUAAAUAGAGGGUUUGUCCCUAGGAAGAAAGUGAAUCCUGACACACGGCAGAAGGGCCAGAUUGAGGGAGAAGUGGACCUGGUGGGGAUGGUGAGGCUGACAGAAACCAGGAAGCCUUUUGUCCCUGAGAACAAUCCAGAAAGGAACCACUGGCAUUACCGGGACCUGGACGCCAUGGCCAAGCUCACAGGCGCAGACCCCAUUUUCAUUGAUGCGGACUUCAAGAGCACAGUCCCUGGAGGACCCAUUGGAGGGCAAACCAGAGUGACCCUGAGAAACGAGCACUUGCAGUACAUCAUCACCUGGUACGGACUCUGUGCAGCCACAUCAUACCUGUGGUUUAAGAAAUUUGUACGUCGGACUCCUGGUCUGUGACAAGAUUAGCCGAUUAACGGAGCGCUAUCCCAGGAAGUCAAUGAAUAAACAUUUCAAGAGAUUCGGUUUUGUUCUGGGUCAUGUACUAUUAUUGGUACAAAUAAAUAUCUACAUCUCAUGCA